UCACUGGGUUUGAAAGUGGCCUUCUGGGGGUUGGAACAAUAGCACAGCGGGUAGGGCACUUACCUUGCCAACCCAGAUUCAAUUCCCGACAUCCCAUGUGGUCCCCUGAGCACCGCCAGGGGUAAUUCCUGAGUGCAGAGCCAAGAGUGGUCCCUGUGCAUCGUGAGGGUGUGACCCAAAGAGAAAAAAAAAAUUGAAAGUGGCCCUCUGGCACUUGCCAUUGACAGUCCCCGCCGUUCCAGAGCCUUUAAGGGGAUUCUUGAGUAGAGAACACGGAGAGGGACAGGCGAGGACAGGGCUGGGCCGUGGGAAAUGAUGACUGCGUGUGACUGCCUGUCCGUCCUCCUGGGCCGGGGUUAGUGUACCCAGAGUUGCCUUUUCCAGCCAGUAUGUGCUAGAUACUUGCUUGUUUCUCAACUUUUCUGGAGAGCACCUGAAAUGCAACCCAGGCAAGGUGGGCAGGACCUGCUCACUGGGGUUGUAGGCCCAAGGUAUGAGGCUUGUCAGAGAGGGCCAACACCAAGUGCCGCAGGGGAGGAGCAUAGGACUUUCUGGAGGAAGGCGAUGGUCUGGAUCUCUUUUCCUGCUCUGGGCCCCCCCACCCAGAUGGUAUGAUGGGGAGAUGGCCAGGGUUGCCUCAGGAAGUACAGCUCCCAUGGAGUUCAUGCGUAAUAUAGUCAUAAACUGAGUACUUACUAUACCCACCUUGUUCCCAGUAGCUGGCAGAAUUGCCUUGGGCCAUCUUUUGAUUCCAGGAAAACAGCUGGGGGAGGGGAUUGUGUUUCCAAACAGUGCUGGAGGGGGGUCUGGGGAUGUUACAAUGAUCCCAGUGGUCCUUGGGGCACCAUGUGCAAAGAGUUGAGUCUGGAACCUAUGCCAGCCCUCUAAGCUAAUUCCUUGCCUCCCGGAGGAAAGUUUUGGAAUUAUCUGUUAAAUUUGUUUUGGUGCCACACCCAGCAGUACCAGGGGACCGUGACCUGUUGGGAGACUGAAUCCAGAAUUCCUGCGUGUUUGUGCUCCAGCCCUCUGAACUGUCUCCUGACUGCCAGGGAAUUUGUUUUUGUUUGUGGGCUACACCCCACAGUGCUCAGGGUUAUUCGUGGCUAACUUUGCUCAGGGAUCACUCCUGGGGGACUUGAAGGACCAUAUGGCAUGCCGAGAAAUGAACCCGAGUUAACAAGUGCAAGACAAGAGUCCUACCUACCAUACUGUUGCUUCAGCCCAUGGGAAUUCUUUUAGUAAACAUGAGCCAAAGAAAAAACCUUCCCCCUGGGGCUGGAGCAAUAGCACAGUGGGUAGGGUGUUUGCCUUGCAUGUGGCCAACUCAGGUUCAAUUCCCAGCAUCCCAUAUGGUCCCCUGAGCAUCACCGGGUAUGAUCCAAAAAGCUGGAAAAAAAACUUCCCCCAUUUUCCUUCUCUGCAGUCUCGUUUCCCAGGCAUGCUGGGUUCCUCGUCUCAGAGAGGCAAUGUCUCAGUGGCAGUGUCUUCUGACAGGAAGACUCAGAAAGGAAAGAAAUAGGACUAGUUCUGAAGUCUUGAAGUGGGUCCUGUGAAUGAAGAACCAAUUAGGAAUGUUGGUUCUUGGAGCUUAAAGGAAGCUACCCCAUCCCCAAGAGUCUCUUCCCUGAAGAGCCAACAGUGCCCUCUGCUGGCUUCUCCUGGUAAGGCAGGUUACCUGAAGACUCCCUGCUGUUAUGCUAAGCCUGAGAUCUUGGCCUUUUAAAUGUUAGAUCUCCUAACCCUGGGAAUGCAGAUGGUGGCUGUUUCUGGCACCGCACUGACCUGCUUCUGCAGAAUGAAGGAGCUCAGGCUAUUUAUAACUUGCAGGGGUCUGUUUGCCUGACCCCUUGUAAUCCUGCUAACUCCAACUCGGUGCUCCUUUGAACUUCAGUGGCUCUUUACAGAGAAGUUAAGUCUCUUCUGAAAUCUUUAUAAAUGCUUUGGGAAAUAAACAUGUGCGAGGAGUUUUGCAUAAAGAUUUGUUUUUUUGUUUUUGGUUUUUUUUGGGGGUCACACCCGGCGAUGCACAGGGGUUACUCCUGCCUCAUACACUCAGGAAUCACUCCUGGCGGUGCUCAGGGAACCAUAUGGGAUGCUGGGAAUUGAACCCAGGUCGGCCGUGUGCAAAGCAAACGCUUUGCUACCCGCUGUGCUAUCGCUCCAGUCCCUUGCAUAAAGAUUUGUGAAGCUCUCAAGUUCCCUACUCCAUGAUGCUGCUGAAGUGACAUCCAGAACUCCCCCAUGCUUCCUGGCUCUCCGGGUCAUUUGGAUCUAUCCCUACCACCUCCCUCUAAUAUUCAUUUACAGCCAUGUUUUAGGGUCCCCACGCAGAAAGACACUCCAGGCUUGGACUGCCACUCCCUGAACACCAGGUCUUCUAGAGUGCUCAUUGGUGAUGUUCGUUGCAGUGUUGUGACAUGCCAGUAUGUGAUGUCCCAUAGAGAAAAUCAGGACCACAGUUAUCACCCUCAGAGGCCUGGAGGUCACCCCGAAAUGUUCUUGGGGCUAGACAGUGGUGUCUAAUGAUGAAAAUGGUUCAGGGGCAAUAGCAUGAGUAGGGCGCUUGCCUUGCACGACCCGGCUUUCCAUAUGGUCUUCCAAGCCUCACCAAGUGUGAUUCCUGAGCGCAGAGCCAGGAGUAAUCCCUAGAGCAUGGUGGGCUGUGACCCAAAAACAAAAAGGUUCAACUCCCUCCUGAUACUAGUUCCCUAGGAGGGCAGAGGCGGAAGAACAUGUUUAACCCUAGUGUCCGAUUUUUUCUUGAUUCCUAGGGCGGGGGGCAGGGCCGGGGUGCUCGGGAGACCACAUAUGAUGCGGAGAGGCCCAAUGCCAUCGCCUGACCUAGGUCCUGGCUCCAGAGGGUGGGACUCGGGGAGGCUCCAGCGCACAGGAAGGUCCGUUCGGGGCCGGAACUUUUGUUUGCGGCCCGGGGGCGCACCCGGCCUCGGAAGUGUGCGCUGCCGGAAGUGACUCCUGCGGCCGGGAAACCCGGCUCGGCGUGCGGCACUCGGCGCGGCGGUUGGCAGGUCCUUGAGGCUUGGGAUGGAGGCCGCGGCGCCCGGCGAAGCCGAUGAAGGCUGCCCGGAGGAGGGCCGUGCUGAGCACUGGGGGGAGUUGCCCGGGGGGCCUGUCCCUCCGAGACACCAGGACAAGGUAGAAGCCGCCAAGGGAGCGCCCCGGGCCCUGGACGACAGCAACGAUGCUGCUGAUGGUGGUGAUGAUGGUGACUCGGAUGCGCCUCCUGGGACUGAGAAGGCGGCCGUGAAGGCCAUGCUGCGGGCCGUGGCCGCCAGCCGCCUGCCCGUGUGCAGCCAGCAGCAGGGCGAGCCGGAGCUGACGGAGCCAGAGAAGGUGGCCAUCCUGGGCCGGCUGUACCGGGAGAAGCCGCUCGUGUUCCUGGAGCGUUUCCGCACGGGGCUGCGCGAGGAGCACUUGGCCUGCUUUGGCCACCUGCGCGGCGACCACCGGGCCGACUUCUACUGCGCCGAGGUGGCCCGGCAGGGCGCCGCCCGGCCCCGCGCCCUGCACACCCGCCUGCGCAACCGGCGCUACGCGGCGCUGCGCGAGCUCAUCCAAGGGGGCGAGUACUUCAGUGACGAGCAGAUGCGGUUCCGGGCGCCGUUGCUCUACGAGCAGUACAUUGGGCAGUACCUCAGCCCCGAGGAGCUAAGCGCCCGCACGCCCGGCCCAGCCCGGCCGCCCCCACCCGGCUCCCCAGGCUCCCCCGCUUGCCCGCUCUCCGACUUGCUGCUCCAGUCCUUUCAGGAGCGAGAGCUGCAGCAGCGCCUGCUCCAGCAGCAGGAGGAGGAGGAGGCCUGCCUGGAGGAGGAUGAGGAGGAGGACAGCAAUGAGGAAGACCAGGCAGCCAACAGUGACUCUGAGUCCUGGGUCCCCGACUCGGAGGAGCGGCUGAUCCUGCGGGAGGAGUUCACGAGCCGCAUGCACCAGCGCUUCCUGGACGGCAAGGAUGGGGACUUCGACUACAGUACGGUGGACAACAACCCCGACUUUGACAACCUGGACAUCGUGGCCCGGGACGAGGAAGAGAGGUACUUCGACGAGGAGGAGCCUGAGGAUGCGCCCAGCCCCGAGCUGGAUGGGGACUAACGCCCACCGGGGCGCUGCGGUGCUGCCAGGCCUCUCCAGCCCGGUCCCUCCAUCUGUCUCCUGGGCCCGCACUCUGGAUCCAGGAACCCAGCAGCUAAGGACAGCGGCCUGGUUACCUGCCAUCAGGGGACCCCCAGGGACCACCUGUCCUUCCCUGUGCCCCAGGCCUCUGGCACGGGAGGGGUGCAUAGGGCUAGCACCAGGGGUCACAGG